UUUGGCGUGUAGUAUAGUUUGGGUGAUCCCCUAGUGAGGAUAAGACGCACGCCGCCGCGAGCCGCCCGGCUGACUGGUUGUGUAGUGAGCGCCUCAAGUCUUGCUCGGUCUGCUGGGGCGGGCGUGGUGGGUGUUGUAAACAUUAGUACCGUGGCGGAUUAUAUUAUGAUAGUGGGGUCUAUGAGCGAGGCGGGUGGACAUCCAGGGGCCCCUCACCUGGGCCCUCCGACUCUGCCUCCACAGUCCUCUCUCUCUCCGCCCGCCGCCAUGCUUCCCUCCUUCGGAUUCACGCAGGAGCAGGUGGCCUGCGUCUGCGAGGUUCUUCAGCAGAGUGGCAACAUCGAGAGGUUGGGGAGGUUCCUGUGGUCACUGCCAGCUUGCGAACACUUACACAAGAAUGAGUCCGUCCUCAAGGCCAAAGCGCUCGUGGCCUUCCACCGCGGCAACUUCAAGGACCUCUACCGGAUUCUCGAGUCGCAUAAUUUCUCGAUACAGAACCAUAGUAAGCUGCAACAGCUGUGGCUCAAGGCGCACUACAUCGAGGCAGAAAAGCUGCGCGGGCGGCCGCUGGGCGCCGUGGGCAAGUACCGCGUGCGGCGCAAGUUCCCGCUACGCACCAUUUGGGACGGCGAAGAGACGUCUUACUGUUUCAAAGAAAAAUCACGAAACGUGCUACGGGAGUGGUACGCCCACAACCCCUACCCGUCGCCAAGGGAGAAGCGAGAGCUGGCCGAGGCGACGGGCCUCACCACCACGCAGGUGUCCAACUGGUUCAAGAACCGCCGGCAACGCGACCGUGCUGCUGAGGCGAAAGACGGAGACAGCAAAACCUCGGCGGGCGCGUCAUCACAGAGCGGUUCGACACAGUUGGACAGCGGCUCAGAAUCCCUGGACGAAGUGAAGCCGUCCCUCUCCUCCCUCGACUCCCCGCUCACCAAUGUUAACAGCCACAUGGUGCAGGACGCCGUGGGCCACACGGACCUCUACAGCGAGCUGAGCAAAGUGGGAGGCGGCGCCAACGGUAUGUCCUCCGUCGCCCCCGUCCCCGCCUCCGUCAGCUCUGCGUCCGCCAUCGCCGCCGCCUACCAGACGCAACUCAGCCUGGCGGCGGCAGCGGCGGUGGCGGCCCGACACACGGCAGGCGGACCCACGGACCCCACCGCCGGUCCCCACAUGGCGCCGCCCCCCCACCACCACGACAUCCUGCACGACUACCACUCCUUGUGACACAAUGGCCUGUAGAGCCCCGCGCGGGCACCGCCGCUGUCCCUCAGCUCGGCCUGGCGCUCCCGAGCCCCGGGCGGUGCCGCAGGAGUGGAGUGGCGCCCGCCCAGCCAGCCCGGCGGCGUGACCCAGCGGGCCGCCAUCCCGCCCUUCCCCUCAGCGAUGCAGUGAUGCCUCCCCGCCCCGAGCGUGACGCCUUACGUGCACCGCUCUUCUGAGCCGCACGUGUCCGUUGAAGUAACGAUUCUCAAGAGCGAGGCCCGCCAGGCCCUUCCCCCAUGCCCUCCCCGGACUGGUCCACUGGGCCGCUACAAUAGUCCCGCCAAAACUUUUUUUUUUUUUUUUUUUUUUGGUUCGACUAUUUUGUAGUGAAUAAUGGCGGAGCAGCCCGGGCCAGUGGCGGCAAGUGUGGAAUGUGAUAGACUGCAGAGCGAUCUGCUUCCGCCAAGACCAAUCCCAGUGUUCCUGCGUGUCCUACCACGGGAGCGCAGCCGUCCGCCGCGACACUCGCAGUGUCAGACUUAAGCGAAUUUCCGUUACUUACAUGAAAAAUAGGUCCCUAAAUUGUAAAGAGUGAAAAGCUGUUUUUACACAGGCGCAGUGCAAGGCGCUGUGUACCGCGAGUCCAGUGAAGGAGUGCCACUGACGCUCUACUGGCGAGCUUCAAGAAAAGGUUUUGUUUCCUUGGGUCUUUUGUCUGUCCUUAGUCACAUUUCUUGCUUAGCCUUCACAAUCCUACCGCUGCGAUGCCUGGGAGACCUUCAAGCCAUGGCGGCGCUGGCUGUGUCUUGCUGGUGCUCGCGCUGGCCUGACGCCCUACAGCUGCGGUGCGCCACCAGCCACGGACGCACUGCCACGCCCAGACCUGAGAGGUGGCGGUGAUAUGUGGUGAAGCUUCACAGGUCAGAUCACUGGAGCAGGAGCGCAGAAGUGUCUACUUGUCGCAUUGCUGCUGCCGCCCUCACACCCCGGCGCGGCCACAAGUGAACGCCGCCUCCCGAUGGAGGCAGGAGCGACAAGGACCUGCCGCCGCCGCCGCACAGAAGGCUAAUUUUUAUUUUUCAUGUGUACAAAAUUACCUGAUGUAUGUUUUUGUCCUUGUACUGACUAGACGACCUGUCAUGUUUUGAUAGUACCAUUAGUAAAGAGCGUCAUCCUGUAACACCUUAUUUAGGAGCAAAUAAAGUCAUUUCAGUUUGUAGACAUGUACAUCCCACAAGUCUGCCAGCACCCGCAGUCUGUCACACAGGUGAUCCCUUCAGGCCAGCCAAAGCUUGAACCCUCCGGUGAGGUGCCCGGCCGCCGUCGCCACGCGGCCCGAGGCCUAGUCGUCGCCUAGGUAAGAAGUCUGCGGGGAGGAGCACCGUUUGCUCCUGCCACACCGGGACAGUCCGGCUGACGUUGAUCAAAACUGGCCUUUACUUCAUGGGAUGAAGAUAGUGUUGCUGUAUUUCCCCAGCCUGACUUGUGUCCAGGCAGUCCCGGCCCGACCGGCGUCGCGCCGCGCCGCGCCGGGCUGGAACGGCAGCAGCGGGCCUGGGUGGGAGCGUCAAGCCCACAGGCCACGUUGCCGACGCACCUCCACGGGCGGUGCCACCAAUCAGCUAUUUUUUUUUUUUUUUUUUUGGUGGAAAUGGAAGAGUUUGAGCCUCAGCCUCCCGGCUUGGCAAUGUUUGUAUAGAUAUGAAUGAUCCUUUUGUAUAGAAGGUGCACCUUUGUAUGAUAGAAAUGCCUAUGAUAGGAUUUAGAAUAUUUCAAAUAAUAAUAUAGAAGUGCUAAGCUGUAAAAUCUCUACUCGCUACCAGAGACCGGGUGGAGGCGGGCCGGUGGGCCGGGGGAGACGCCCCCCGCUGCCUGAGGGAGGGGUGCGGUUUAGGAGUUGUGUGGGAAGCCAGAACUCCCGCCCUCUCCAAGAUAUUUUUCACUUUACUUCCAUUGAACAAACACUGCUCCUCCCGGUGUGGUCCUCCCUUACCCCAGCAUUCUCCAUGCCCCUCUGCUGCCGUCCUCCUCACCCCAACACCCCGCUGUCCCUUCCCACUCAGCUCUGCAGCCCCGCCCUCCUACAGGUCCCGCAGGUCACCCACAGCGCUGCGCAGCACGCAGGUCACCGCGAUGCUGUGUGACGAAGACCGUGACCCCCCAAGCAAAUCCGGUAGCUUGCUGCUCGCCUCGCCCGGCCGGCGGAUCGAUAGGGAGACCCGCGGAGGUUCGCCGAAACGUACCCGAAUCCGCACCCGAACGCGUUUUGAGGUGCAUCGGCCCCGCAGCAUUGGUCUCUGUCGCUGGAUAACUUUCACUUUUUCUAGGAUAAAAGUGAACUUGUUAGAUGACGAUUUCAUAGACUAAUCUUUAUGAAUUAACAAUGAAAUAAGCUAACAGGCAAGUUAUACGUAUGUGGUUUUGUGUUUUAUCGAAUGAAACCAAUUGCACAAACUUUAGUCCCAGCCGUAGAGGAUGUGAAGAUUGUGUGGUACGUCAAUAUUAUCUGUAUAUAUCCUCUGGUGAAUUUAUUUUUUCUGUCUAAGAGAGAAAAGUAUAAUGUUCCUAAUGAGACCUUUUAUAUGAGUUUUUAUUAUUAUCGAUCAGUGCAAACCUAGAAGAUCCUCAGUACAAUGGAGUCAUCAGGAGGAGGCGCCAGGGGGAGGGAGUGUCCAGGGGCGCUCUUCACCCGUGGUUGCCCUGGAAGUUCUCACGCCACGAAUAAGGCGACGUCCUCUGCAUCCUAAAAGGACCAAAUUUUAGGCCUACACAUAAGAUCUACCUGUUACUGAGCCUUGUGCUGCCUAACGAACCUAGUAAUCAUGAAGCGUUGUGAGUCAGCAAACACUGGAUCACAACGCUUCGAACCUGAGUCUCGGAGUGCUGUGAGUCUCAAAGCCGUUCCUUCACGACACUCCGAACCCCAGGCGCCUCCUUGUCCCUAACGUGUGAUGCCAAAAUUUUUCUGUUUGUUCCGUGUUUCCCAGAAAGACGUGGCGCUGCACCAGGUGAGCACAGGUGUGGCAACCGCUCCCUUGCUCUCGUUUAUUGCUCUUUUACACCUUUGUUUGUUUUGUAAUUUCAUCGACUAACUGUACAUAGAUUACGAUGAGGAGGAUUGUACAUAGUUUCCCUUCCCGUGAUGUGUCGCCGCUUCUGCUUUUCGCAACUCUUGCUCAUAAAUGUUAAUAAUAAAAAAAACAGUUAAUA